AUGCAUAUUCGAUAUUCGAUGAUGUUAUAUUUUCUAUUAAUUCUGAUCGUAUGUGGUGUACUAAGUGAAAAAAUUGAAAAAAUCACAAAAUCUGUCGGACAAUCAUUUUCAUUUGAUUGUCAACAAGAUGAAUCGGUUUAUUUUACUCAAAAAUUAGAUGAUUGGUCAGAAAUACAAGAAAAUGAUAAUCAAUAUUCAUAUUUAAACUUAAAUUUUAAUUAUUUAAAUCAAGAAAAAAUUCUUCGCGUUUCAUCAAAUUCAAUUCAAUCAGAAAAUAUUGGUUAUUAUGGUUGUCGAAAACCAACAUGGUCAACAGCAUCAAUGAAUCGUAUUUAUCAAUUGAUUGUAGCUGAUGUACAAUCAUUUUAUUGGAACUAUAUAUGUCAUGGAGCAGUUGGUUCAUGUUUACGUUCAGAUGAUCCAAUAGAUGAAACUUUAAGUACAUUUGAAGUUGCUGAUCAAACAAAAGUUGAUUUCUUUUGUUGUGCAUCUGUUAUGGGUUUUAAAAAUGUAGAUCUUAAUAUGAAUCCAAUAGGAGAUAUUCGAGGUAAAAUUAAUAUACAUCGAAGACAAGAAUCAGAUGGAUCAUGGGUUGUUUGUGCUAAUCAACAUACGUUCAUAAAACGAACAUCAUCGAACAAUCAACAAAUAUUAACAUGUGAAUUAAUGACAGAUAAUCAAUUAGAUUCAUCUCUAUCUAGUGUAAUUAGAGUGAAAGAUUCUAUGCCAGCUGAUCCUGAUAUUGAUACACCUUAUGGUUAUGUACCAACACCAAAAACUGAUGAUGAUAAAUAUUUUAACAAACCAACAUCAGGUGGUAAACGAGGAAAAUUAACGACUGGAAAACGGAUUCUUAUUAUUAUUGGCUCUAUUCUUGGUGGUCUCUUCUUUUUUGGAUUAUUGUUCUUGUUGAUAUUUUUCUUUUGUCGUCGUCAAAAUAAAGCUCCAACUAAUUCUAAAACCAACAUAGAUACUAAUCACUAUGAAACAGUUAAUAUAUAUGAAAAACCAGAUACAACCAAAGAACAAAAUCGAAAUGAAGAAGAACCUCAUUAUCUAGAACCAACACCAUUAUAUCAAAAUUCACCUAUAGUUUUGCGACUCUAA